AUGGCCGAACCUCUGGCCAACCCCCUGCCCCAAAUGGGCGGCCACACGUCAUCCGUCGAGCAGGUCCCAUAUGCGGACCGCGGCCCGGCCGGGGUCGAGGGCUUUCGGCCAUACUUUCAGCAACACCAACUGUCCGAGGGCCCAAUGCAUGGAGCCGGUCCGGCGACGAUGAGCCAUGCUGCGGGCUACUUCCCGCCUCCGAUGCACCCCCAGGGUGGCGGAGCUGUAGCCUACGCCGGAGACCGGGCAUUCGAGUACAUGCCCAUGCCGGAUGCAGGCCCGCGCCAUGCCCCGGGCCCGGGGGGAUUCAGUGCCACUGGCCAGUCCCUGGCCGGGGUGCCUGGCGCCGGCGGCUUCAUGCAGCAUUUGGGCCCGGCGGAGGCGGCCAUCCAGCACUCGGGCCUCGAAAACAUGCCCGAGCGCCAGGCCGCCGGCCUGUCUCCCUGGGUCCGGAGUGGUGAUGAGGAAAUCGACCGGGCCGAUGCGGAAGCCGCGGCGGCUGUGCGUAGCGGCACAGCCGGCGCCCUUGGCCAAAUGCGACCCAUGAAAAGCUUCGUUGCGCCGACCUUUGCCAGUGCGGCGAGUUGUUUGCCCCUUCGCUUGCGAGCCGUGCGCUUCCACAAUCUCCAGUCUGGCGAUGUGUUCUUCGAGUCACCGGCCCCGGCGUCGGUGUUGCCGCCGCCGCUUGGCACCGCCGCCCCGCCACGGCUGAACUCCUGGCCCGAGCCGAGCGACAAGGGCUCGGACUCCGGGGCGCGCCCGGGCGCAGGCGACCAAGGUCCUGCGGGCGAUCAGACCGAUGCCCUGGACCCGGCCCACGGUUGGAUGCCUCGCAACCAGCUCUUUGUCUACACCUUUGCUCGAGAGGAAUUGGCCUCCGGCGGCAUGGACGCCGUGGCUGUAUCUUUGACCUUGGAGUCCGGCGAGAAGGGCUUUCGCAAUCUCCGCCUGAUUGAGACAUUCUUCCACCACCCGCGGGCGAAUGCUUCGUCCACCUCACCGAAGGCGGGUGCCAUGGCAAACCCGAAGUCUGAGCCCGACAUGACUGCGCCCGGAGGAGGCCCCGCCGCCGGCGCGGAUGACACGGCCACUGGGCCACCGCCGCGCGUCCUUCGGAGGUUCUCCUUCUCUCAUGGCCGAGUGCCACCGAAGGCUGUCCUGCGAUGGGACACUGUUUAUGAUAGCCUAGCACCCACCUUCGCCCAGUUGCUCGAGGCCCCUCACCUGCUGGCAGACGAUGAUGGAGAGAUCCGCAUCUAUGGGGACGCUUUCUUGUAUGAUGAGGAGGAGCUGAUUGCACACAACAAGUGUGUCGUCUCUCUGGCUCCAGAUCCCUCGCAAUCGAACCCCUUCGAUUUGGAUGUCUUCGAUGGCUGA